AUGGCGUCCUCUCCUUUCAACGUUCUUUUCGCUCUUUUUACAAUUUUAGGAAUCACAGCUGUCGCAUCCGCCACCGACUGUAAUCCCCUUGAAAACACAACAUGUCCCGCCGAUAACGCCCUCAGUACCGAGCACACAUGGUGGCUCAACUCCACCCUCGACAGCGAGCUAUGGAAUAUGGAAACCGGCACUGCCGACUACACCAGUACCGGCGCCGACUUUUCCAUCAAAACUGAGAAUGCAUCCACUCUUUUAGUCUCGAAUUUCUAUAUUUUCUUCGGCGUCAUGGAGACGCAUGUCAAAAUGUCUCCGGGGAGGGGUAUCAUCAGCAGCGUGAUCCUGCAGUCGGAUGAUGAGGAUGAGAUUGAUUGGGAGUGGGUUGGAUAUAAUACGAGCUCGGUGCAAUCGAAUUUCUUCGGGAAGGGCAACACGACUACGAGCGACCGCGGAGCCUUUCAUAAUGUCGCCAAUGCCGAUACCGAGUACCACAAUUACACCUCAUACUGGGAUAAGGAUCGGCUGGAGUGGUGGAUUGAUGGCGAAAUCGUGAGAACGGUCAACUACUCCGAGCCGACGACGUUGUAUGGAAAGAAUUAUCCACAAACACCCUGCCGAGUUAAGGCUAGUAUCUGGCCAGUCGGCCUUCCGAGUGCAUCCGUUGGCAAUAUCGAAUGGGGUGGUGGACUUGUGAAUUGGGACGAUCUUCCUUUCACCAUGAGUAUACAACGGAUCCGCGUGAAGGAUUUCUCCUCUGGAAAGGAGUAUGAGUACGAGGGUACCAGCGGCUCAUAUGACAGCAUCAAGAUCGUCGAUGGAAACUCAACCGCAAAGGCAGAGAUCGAGAAGACACCAGCUAAAACCUUAGCCGAAAAAUGGAACGACCUAGGAGAAGGCGCCCAUAUCGGUGUUUACUGUGGUGCAGCUGCCGCUGGUGGACUCUUGGUCGCCCUCUUCUCCUGGUGGUGUAUAAGGCAGCGGCAACAGGGUCGACUGGCUCGGGCACUCAACGAUGGAAACCAUGGCGAGGAGCUCGCAUCCAUGGAGAAAUCUCAAAACCAGUGGGCUCAGUCAAGAUGGGGUCGACAGAGUUAUCAACCGGUGCCCUAG